UACACGGUUAAUAUCUUCUCCAUCAUUAUUUCCUUCUUAGAGUAAUGGGGGAUGAUUUGAGAGUCUCUUAAGUCUUUAGUUGUUUUUGAAACAGGUUUAAUGAUGGAGCCCCCUCCUACGAAGGAGGCAGCUGUGGCCACAAUAUCGGUCUAUUGGGACAUAAAGGGAUGUCUGGUUCCCGAUGGCUAUGAUGCUCGUCGGGUGGUUCCGUGUAUUAAACGUAAAUUGAGGAAGUUAGGCUACUCUGGUCCUAUCACAAUCACUGCCGUUGGCGUACUAUCAGAGGUCCCUCGUGACAUCCUUGAAGCCACUGGAGUCUCUCUUCAUCACGUCGCCGACACCCCUAUGACGACGAGGAGGCUCUUGAAGCAGGCUCCCCUCCUUGAUUAUUUUCCGGAGAAUGCUUCUACCAUGGUCAGUGCAGAGCUCUCCAUAGAAUCUAGUCACCAGAUCAAUGAAGAUAGGACUAUUAAGAUGCUUCCAAUAAUAGAGAAGCUCUUCCAUGUCCAUCAAGUCAUCUAAUUUCCCAUCUUCAACGAUCAUAUGGAUCAUGUAGUUCUCGAAGUUUCUGCAAGCCUCUUUCACACCGUCUUCCUUCAGUAUAUGUCUUUGACUCGUCCUCGCUUUCUUGUUCCUUUGCUUCAUAGCCAAAGGAAACAUCUUUCUUGAUUGCAGAAGCUUGGAAUCAUCGAUCAGACUAGCUGCAUUGGCAUUGUAGAUUCAUCAAAAUUUAGAUCAAAGGUGUACAAAAUCGAAAAUAUAUAUAGUUACAAAUU